AUGACGGACUCGACAACAACAACGACAAACUCUUUACCUGGCAUCAAACAUAAAGUGAUCGGAUUAGUAUCUGGAGGUAAAGAUAGUUGUUUCAACUUGAUGCAUUGUAUAGCGAAUGGACAUGAGAUCGUUGCUCUAGCGACUUUGAUACCUGAACCUGGUAUAGACGAGCUGGACUCACAUCUGUAUCAGUCGGUCGGUACCAACCUCUUACCGUUAAUAGCUAAAUCAAUGGAUAUACCUCUGUACACAAGGGUGAUCAAAGGCAAAGCAGUAUCAAAAGGCCCAGAAUAUGGAAGUAGGUUGAGAGGGGGUGAAGGAAGUGGUGAAAAAGGUGAUGAGACUGAGGAUCUAACUGAAUUGUUGAAACAGGUCAUGAAAGCGCACGGAGAAGCUACAGCGUUGUCUUCAGGAGCUAUCCUGUCGACCUAUCAAAGACUUCGAAUCGAACACGUCUGCACCAGACUGAACCUGAUUUCACUAUCUUACUUGUGGCAAAGUGAACAGAUACCUCUAUUAACGAAAAUGUUAGGUGAUAAUUAUGGCAAGAUGGACGUGGUUUUGAUCAAAGUGGCAGGAGUCGGAUUAAGUGUUGAUAUUGUUGGAAAAAAGUUGAAAGACAUGAUGCCUUUAUUAAAGCGUUUGGAAUCAACAUACGGCUCGCAUCCUGCUGGAGAAGGAGGUGAAUACGAGACGAUAACAUUAUCAACGCCAUUAUUCUCGCAUCGAUUGGUUCUCACCAAAACACAAACUAUCAUAACGGAUCCAGAACCAUAUCCAGUCGCUUACCUGAAAAUUGAAGAAGCAGAAUUGGUUCCAAAGGAAAAUUGGGUAAAACCAACCGUACAAGAAUUGAGGGAUAUGUUAGGUCUAGAUGAAGAUCUGGAAGGUCAAGAUUAUUUGUCUGAGCAAAGUAAGGAACUCCUGUAUGAUCUCAAGACAGAUCUGGGAGACUCAAAGGGAAUCAGCAAUGUAUUGAACAAGUUGAAAGUGAACGAUCAAGCGGAAGGGGUUUCAGGGAUUGAGCAAGUGGGAGAUGAUGAACGAGAUGGACAAGUCAGGUUUACGAGAAAAGGCAGAUGGUUCGGUGUUACUGCUAAUGGAGUGCAAAAGGACGGUCAAGAUGUAGGCGAUGAGUUGAGGGAAUGCUUUGAUGAGAUUUCAAAAACCCUACAAAACAAUAACCUUUCUCUGCCAAUACAUUCAACCCACAUUACACUCCUGUUAUCAUCCAUGUCCCUUUUCGUACCUGCCAAUGCUGUAUACAAGGCAUAUUUCGGUACUUCCCCACCAUCAAGAGCUACAGUAGCUGUACCACUACAAUCUUCCAGAAUACGAAUCGAAGUGAUAGGCUUCGACGACUCCCCUUUGCCGCCGCCUCAACUGGAAAAAGCAGGAGGCGCAGUAGGUGGUCAUGGAGAUGAGGGUAGAUUGAUCGGAAAUAGAAACGCAUUACAUGUUCAAGGUCUAAGUUAUUGGGCUCCAGCAAAUAUCGGUCCAUACAGUCAAGCAGUCAUGGUAAAUCAAAGACUUCAUCUAGCAGGACAAAUCCCACUAUUACCACCCUCUUUAACAUUACCCCUACCACCCACUUCGGGCUCAUCAUAUCCCCAUCAAGCUGUAUUAGCACUGCAACACGUCAAUAAGAUAGUGGAUGUACUGAGAAGUAAGAAUUAUACUGGUGGAGGAUGGGAGGGAUGGAUAGAAAGUUGCGUUGCAUGGUGGGCCACUACCGCCAAAACGAACGACGACGAUGGUUUGGAAGUUGUGAGGAAAGCAUGGAAGUUAUGGAUUAUCAACAAUGGAAACACUCACACGCCAGUCAUUUUCGUUCAAGCUAAAGAAUUACCUAAAGAUGCUUUGGUAGAAUAUCAAGUAAACCUCCAUACCGGACGUAAAGCUGUUGAUCCUCUACCUGUGGAUCCGAGUCCAGCUACUACUCCUUCAGCUACGGCUGCGGAUGAUGAAGAUGAUGAUGAUGAUGAUGAUGACGACGACGACGAUGAGCUAGAAGCUGUCUACUCUUCUGGGGGAGAUAAUGAUGUAUGGUGGGAGCAUUACGAGAGUACAGGAAGGAAUCAAGGUUCCAGAGGAAUGAUAUUUAUUCGUGACGCUGAAGUAGCCCGAAAGAUAAAUUCAUUUUUAUCCAGAUCGACUCCAGUAUCAAGGAUGGUUGAGAAAGCAAUCACGAUUAGAAUAUAUCAUCUACUUGGACAUUCGAAUAAAUUAUCUUCGUUCAUAUCUACGUUGAAUUGUAAUUACACUUUGAUACCUGUAUUGAGUGUACAUGAUAAAGAAGGGAGAGAAGCUAUAAUAGGAUUAGAGGUAUUCGGUAUAUGA